UGCAUUACUCCAUCUGGUACCAAAGUUUAAUUCAAAUCAUCUAAUUUUCUACAAUUUUUUGCUCUCAUCCUUCACCAUGACAGAACCCUACUCCAAUUUCUUGAGUGGAUGGUUCAACUUCAUACCUCUUCACCUACACUCUCAGUACUCAAACCCUCCUUCCACUCCUCCCCAUCUCUACAACUUGUACUCAAACAACACCAACACCAACAAAUCUUCCAUUCAAAGUAGUUAUCAUCAUCAAGUAAUAGUCUCAUCAUCACCUCCCUCAUCACCUCCUGUGAGAGAAGCUCUUCCUCUCCUAAACAGCCUUAGCCUCAGAAGAGAUGAAGACGAUCAGCAUGAGUCCUCAUGCAGUGCCAUGGAGUCAGAUGACAAGAGAAAGUACUACUCAUCAAAAGAUGAGAACUGCCUCUUUUCUAGUAGUACUGCUGAUAUUGGUGAUGAGGAAAGUGUAACUGUAGCUCUAAAUAUAGGGCUCCCUAGCCCUAGUUCUGAUUUGGUUUCUAGGGUCUCUCCUCCUCCUUCAGAAGUGACAGAUCACAAGGAAGGUGUUAGUACUGUUGUUGCAGGGUAUCCUUUGAGCAGACUUAACAAGGGUCAGUACUGGAUUCCUACACCUUCUCAGAUUCUCAUUGGUCCUACACAGUUCUCAUGUCCUGUUUGUUGCAAGACCUUCAAUAGAUACAACAACCUACAGAUGCAUAUGUGGGGACAUGGAUCUCAGUAUAGAAGAGGACCUGAAUCUUUGAGGGGAAUCCAGCCAACUGCAAUGCUAAGACUCCCUUGCUAUUGCUGUGCACCAGGAUGCAAGCACAACAUUGAUCACCCAAGGUCAAGGCCACUCAAAGACUUCAGAACCCUCCAAACACAUUACAAGAGAAAGCAUGGAACAAAACCCUUCAUGUGUAGGAAAUGUGGCAAGGCAUUUGCAGUGAAAGGUGAUUGGAGAACACAUGAGAAGAAUUGUGGGAAGAUUUGGUACUGCAUUUGUGGCUCUGAUUUUAAGCACAAGAGGUCUCUAAAAGACCACAUUAAGGCCUUUGGCCUUGGACACGGAGCUCGCGGUAUUGAUUGCUUUGAAGAGUUGGAGGAUGAACCUGCAUCCGAAAUCGAACAAGAUGGUGAUUCCUCAAUGUGAGAGAAUUGGGAUUUGAAAUUGGUCAAGAACCACCUCAAUUAAUCUUUAGAGAUCAUCAGUUUCACAUAUAUAUAUGUGGUUAAGGCACAUAGCUAGCUUUGAGAUAACUUUUCCUUACUCUUAUCUCCUUUUUACACCAAAAAUAAUUCUUCCUAGCUUGAUGUUAUGUGGAACAAGUUCCUGUAAAUGAUUUGUUCUCAAUGUGAUAUAGAAGAAUUGUGUUUUCA